AUGUUUAAAAUAGCAUUGGAUCUGAUGCCAUCUGAUAGCCAUAAGAUUAUCAUUCGAGCUGACAAAACACCUGCCGGUAAACACACAAGGAGGUUUAAUUCACCUACCAUUGACGAAGUGGCUGUUAUCAUUGUGGGAGAAAAUUUACAGUCUAGAGAUAUUGUGCUUCAUCGUCGAAAUAGUGAUUUAAAACGUGUAUCUGAAACACACAGGAGUUAUGAUGCAUUACAAUAUCCUUUGAUCUUUUGGCAGGGGGAAGAUGGAUACCAUUUUAAUAUCAAAAUGGUAAAUGAAGUAACAGCUCCACUACUGGCAGUAUUUGUUCUGGCUCCAGAAUCACCUCCAAGAAUAUCAGAAGAGAUGACUCGGUCUAACGACCUCGUCUUCUGCAAUCUUCACACUCGUAGUCCUGUGCUGAAACCAACAAAAAAAGUUAGUGCUAUGAAUUUCUAUUCAUACAGACUCAUGAUCCGUCAAGGUGAAGUAAAUCAUAUUUUGAUGUGUCAAAGACUUUUUCAUCAGUUUGCAGUUGACAUGUAUGUCAAAAUUGAGACUGAACGAUUGACAUACAUCCGUUUGAACCAACGACAGCUACGAUCAGAGGAAUACAUUCAUCUCCGUGAUGCUAUAAAUGCGGAUGGCAAUGUGAAUAAUGUGGGAAGAAUGACAAUUUUGCCAGCCACUUAUAUAGGAAGCCCAUGCCACAUGCAUGAAUAUGCUCAGGGUGCUAUGUCAUAUGUUAGGCAUUAUGGCCGCCCAGACUUAUUUGUUACAUUCACAUGUAACCCUAAAUGGUCCGAAAUCAAGAGGGAAUUGCUACAUAGCCAAACACCAGUUGAUAGACAUGACAUAACUGCCAGAGUUUUUAAACAAAGAUUAAAAUCUCUCAUGAAUUUCUUACUAAAGCAUUGUGUGUAUGGCCGAGUCCGUUGUUGGAUGUACUCUGUAGAAUGGCAAAAGCGUGGAUUGCCACAUGCGCACAUAUUAGUCUGGUUAGUGCACAAAAUAAGGCCAGAUCAGAUUGAUUCCAUAAUUUCAGCUGAAAUUCCAGAUGAAACAGUUGACCCAAAAUUGCAUGCAGUAGUUACCAAACACAUGAUACAUGGACCUUGCGGACUUUUCAACUACAAUUCACCAUGUAUGGUCGACGGCAAGUGUUCCAAGCGAUACCCAAGAGACCUGCUUGCUGAAACCAUAACGGGAAAUGAUGGACACCCAUUGUAUCGUCGGCGAUCAGUUGCGGAUAAUGGGCGAUCGGUAGUUGUGAAGGUAAGAGGACAAAAUGUUGAUGUAGCCAAUCGUUGGAUUAUGCCAUACUCGCCAAUAUUGUCCAAAGUUUUUGAGACUCACAUCAAUGUAGAAUACUGUAACUCUGUGAAGUCGAUAAAGUACAUAUGUAAAUAUGUUAACAAAGGUAGUGAUAUGGCUGUCUUCGCUGUAACCAAUGCAAAUGAUGAAAUAUCACAGUACCAGAUGGGUCGCUAUGUAAGUAGCAACGAAGCAUUUUGGCGUAUCUUUUCAUUUGCGAUCCAUGAAAGACACCCUACAGUAGUCCAUUUGGCAGUCCAUUUAGAAAAUGGUCAACGAGUUUAUUUUAAUGAAUCGAACGCGGCAGACAGAGCGGCACGUCCACCGUCGACAACAUUAACAAGUUUCUGUCAAACUGAUGAUUUUGCUCGCACUUUGCUGUAUGCUGACGUGCCACGCAAUUACACCUGGAAUGCAUCAUCGAAAUCGUUUCAGCGUAGAAAACAAGGAACACCAGUUGAAGGACAUCCAAAUGUAUUUUCUUCAGACGCUCUGGGUCGCAUCUACACAGUACAUCCAAAUAACGAUGAAUGUUAUUAUUUGCGGUUGUUGUUGGUGAAUGUUCGUGCUCCGAUAUCGUUUAAACAACUGAGAACAGUUAAUGGACAGCUGUGUGCGACUUACCGUGAGGCAUGUCAACUAUUGCAUUUACUUGAGAACGAUUCGCACUGGAUGAUACGCUCAAGGAUUCCGUAA